GGCGGCGCAGCGGCGUGUGUGUGUGCGCGUCCCCACCCCGGCCGAGCGCCCCGCCGCCGCCUCGAAGCCUCCCAUGCCUUCGGGGCCCCCUCGGGGGGCGGCGGCCCCGCGGGAGGCGGGGGCGGCGCUGCCGUGAUGGCUUUGGAGGAGAAGCGGGAGAAGCGGCCGCCCGUCACCCCCAUGAUGAUCGAGGAGGAGGCCGCCCUGCGGAACGGCAGCCGCCCCUGGGCCGAGCCGGCGGGGCCGAGACCCCGCACCACGGAGCGGCACAUCGCCGUGCACAAACGCCUGGUGCUGGUCUUCGCCGUCUCCAUCCUGGCGCUGCUGGCCGUGACCAUGGUGGCCGUGCUGCUCAGCGUCCGCUUCGAGGAGUGCGGCACCGCCGCCGCCGACGGCGGGAACGGGAGCCUGCCGGGGGCCGCCCGGCAGCCGCCCGGAGCGGGGCAGCCCCCCGGCCGCCCGGAGCACGGGGAGGAGGCGGCGGUACCGGCCGAGGAAGAGGAGGAGGGAGAGGAGGAGGAGGAGGAGGAGUGGCAGCGGCGGCGGGAGCUGCCGCCCUGGGCCCGGCCGCGGCUGCCCGGGCACCUGCGGCCGCUGCACUACAACCUGAUGCUGAGCGUCUUCAUGGAGAACUUCACCUUCAGCGGGGAGGUGAACGUGCAGCUGGAGGUGCUCAACGCCAGCCGCUACGUCGUGCUGCACGCCCACCGCAUGCACAUCGAGGCGGUGCGCGUGGCCGAGGACAAGCUGGCCGGCGGCGUGCAGGUCGCCCGCUCCUUCCUCUACCCGCAAACCCAGGUGUUCGUCGUCGUCCUCAACCGCAGCCUGGAGGUGCAGAGAAGUUACAACCUCAAGAUCAUCUACAACGCCCUCAUCGAGAACGAGCUGCUGGGCUUCUUCCGCAGCUCCUACGUCCUCCACGGAGAGAGAAGGUUUCUUGGUGUUACGCAAUUUUCUCCUACUCACGCUAGAAAAGCCUUUCCUUGCUUUGAUGAGCCCAUCUACAAGGCCACUUUCAAGAUCAGCAUCAGGCAUCAAGCAACUUACUUAUCUUUGUCCAACAUGCCAGUUGAAACUUCUGUUUUUGAGGAAGAUGGAUGGGUUACAGAUCACUUUUCACAGACCCCUCUCAUGUCCACGUAUUACUUAGCUUGGGCAAUAUGCAAUUUUACAUACCGGGAAACUGUCACCAGGAGUGGAGUAAUUGUACGGUUAUAUGCAAGGCCUGAUGCAAUCCGAAGAGGAUCGGGGGACUAUGCUCUAAAUAUUACAAGGAGACUUAUUGAAUUUUAUGAAGAUUAUUUUAAAGUGCCCUAUUCCCUGCCAAAAUUAGAUCUGUUAGCUGUGCCUAAACAUCCCUAUGCUGCUAUGGAGAACUGGGGACUGAGUGUUUUUGUGGAGCAAAGGAUACUGCUAGAUCCAAGCAUUUCUUCUAUUUCAUACCUACUGGAUGUCACCAUGGUCAUUGUACAUGAGCUAUGUCAUCAGUGGUUUGGCGACCUUGUUACUCCAGUUUGGUGGGAGGAUGUGUGGUUGAAAGAAGGUUUUGCUCACUAUUUUGAAUUUGUUGGGACAGAUUACCUCUACCCUGGAUGGAACAUGGAAAAGCAGAGGUUUCUGACAGACGUCCUACAAGAAGUGAUGUUGCUGGAUGGUUUGGCCAGUUCACAUCCAGUAUCCCAGGAGGUGCAGCAAGCCACAGACAUUGACAGGGUAUUUGACUGGAUUGCCUAUAAAAAGGGUGCAGCUCUAAUUCGAAUGUUGGCUAACUUUAUGGGUCACUCUGUGUUUCAACUGGGCUUACAAGACUAUUUAACUAUUCACAAGUAUGGCAAUGCAGCCAGAAAUGAUCUCUGGAACACAUUGUCAAAGGCUUUAAAAAGGGUUGGAAAAUCUGUAAAUAUACAAGAAGUAAUGGAUCAAUGGACACUACAGAUGGGUUAUCCUGUUAUCACUAUCUUGGGAAAUGAAACUACGGACAAUGUCAUAGUGAUCUCCCAAGAGCGUUUUGUUUAUGAUAGUGAUGCUAAACCCAAGGAUCCUGCCCUUGGAGACAACAGCUACUUGUGGCAGAUUCCAUUAACAAUUGCAGUAGGAAAUACGAGCCACAUCUCAUCAGAGGCAAUUAUAUGGGUGUCUAACAAAUCAGAACACCACAGAAUUCCUGCUUUGGAAGAGGCAAAUUGGUUGCUGGGGAACAUCAACCAGACUGGCUACUUUAGAGUUAAUUAUGAUAUUAGGAAUUGGAGGCUGCUAAUUAAUCAGCUAACAAGGAACCAUGAGGUUAUCUCUGUCAGUAAUCGAGCAGGCUUGAUCGAUGAUGCAUUCAAUUUAGCCAGAGCUGGUUAUUUGCCUCAGAAUAUUCCUUUGGAAAUUAUCAAAUACCUUUCAGAGGAGAAGGGUUUUCUGCCUUGGCAUGCUGCCAGCCGAGCUCUUUAUCCUCUAGAUAAAUUGCUGGACCGCACAGAAAGCUACAACAUCUUCAAUGAGUAUAUUUUAAGACAAGUUGCAUCAAUGUAUCUCAAGCUUGGAUGGCCAACGAAUAAUUUAAACAAAUCGCUUGUUCAAGCAUCCUACCAACACGAAGAGUUGCGUCGGGAAGUCAUCAUGUUGGCCUGUAGCUUUGGUAACAAACACUGUCACCAGCAGGCUGCAACGUUAAUCUCUGAUUGGAUUUCUAGCAAUAGGAACCGAAUCCCACUCAAUGUGAGAGACAUUGUCUACUGUACUGGAGUUUCACUGAUGGAUGAAGACGUAUGGGAGUUCAUUUGGAUGAAAUUUCAUUCUACCACAGCAGUGUCUGAGAAGAAAAUAUUAUUAGAAGCCUUAACUUGCAGUGAUGACAGAAACUUGCUUAACAGACUUUUGAAUUUGUCUCUCAACUCAGAAGUUGUCCUGGAUCAGGAUGCAAUUGAUGUGAUAAUCCACGUAGCUCGAAAUCCACAUGGAAGGGAUCUUGCUUGGAAGUUUUUCAGAGAAAAAUGGAAAAUAUUAAAUGCUAGGUAUGGAGAAGCAUUAUUUAUGAAUUCGAAGCUUAUCAGUGGGGUCACAGAAUUUCUAAAUACCGAAGAAGAACUAAGAGAGCUAAAGAACUUUGUAAAGAGUUAUGAAGAGGGAUCUGCUGCCUCUUUCUCUCGUGCUGUGGAAACAGUGAAAGCCAAUGUGCGGUGGCAAAGGCUUUAUAAAGAAGAACUAUUCCAGUGGCUACGAAAAUCCUUAGCACACUAAUCUGUUUUUCCAGCUGAUCAUUUAAUGUGAAGCUCUGCAAAAGGAAGAGAAGAAAUUUUAGAAUUGUUGAACAUUAAAAUAAUGAAGAAAAGAUCAGAUUGCAGGGAGAGGGUUUUAUUUCUUUUCUUUUUUUCUUAAUUGUGGGAUAUUUUUUUACACUGGGCUCUUGUGAAAUUGUCAAGAAGAUUUCAGAAGACAAGGUCAUGAAUGCUUGUGAAAUCCAGUCCUCAGUGUACACAGCCAGACAUGAUAUUAAGUGGUGCAUGUAAAUGUUGAAGAAAAACAAACAAAAACCCUUUCAAAGACUAUUUUGUGCAUGCUUGUACUGUCCCUGCCUGUAUUCUAGCAUGCUUAUGUAUAACAGCCGCAUUUUGUAUGUGAGUUCCAGUUACAUCGAAGAUGGGCAUUAUACAAAGCACAAAGACUAUCUACGACAAUCAGUGUUGCAAUGAGCAAAAGGAAAGAAAAGAAAAGGAAAUGCAGAAGACAUUCAGCUUGGGGCAGUAUGAAAUGUAAAGUCAGCUUUCCUGCAAGCUGCCAAUUAGUCUGCUAAGAGACACUCAUUGUCUCUUGAUGAUUACAAAGAUGCCAGCUCAUUUCUUGAGUUACCAGUUAUUGUGUUUACAGUCUCCACAUCCCCAUGUUUAAAUAAGCAGCAUAGAGAGCGAGAAGAGAGAGGAAGAGGAGAGGGAGAGAGAAAAUGAGAAUAAGAGAGAAGGACGUCAUCCAUGUGUAAUAAUUAUAUACAUUUAUUCACUGCUGAUCAGUGGAACAGUGUAGUUUUAGCUGUGAAUGUCUGCAGUGUUUGAGGGGAGCUUUGCAUUGAUUGCACAGAAUCCAUAAACCACCACUUCCCAGUAAUUUUACAAGGCAGUGGUAUUCACAGUGGGUCUCCCAACCAGCGCAGCAGUAAGUUAUACAGCCGAUAAUGCAGAAGUAUAAAUAAACAUAGGAUUCAAAUAGAAAUUAGCAAGCAGGGAGAAUACCUUGCAUACAAAGACAUAAAAUUAACCAAGAGGGCUGUCGUGCAUGUGGUAGACCAGCCUCUGUAGUGAUUUAUUAUGACAGGUCAGGUUCUCUGUGUGGGUAAUACUUUUGCAAAUACGGGAUGUAGAAUUUAUGCCAACUUUGAAAAGCGAAAUAUGGAGAAAGAGAGAGAGAGAGAGAGACUCUGUAUGUGUGUGUGUGUUUGUGUGUGUGUGUUUAUUUGUACUGGCUAAUACUGAGAACGUGCUUUUCUUUCUGUUUCCUUGUAUUUCACAUAGACUGUUAUAGAUGACUGAUACUUUUCUUAGUCCUAUGUUUGUUUCAUUUUUCUCAAUCCUUAAUUUAAAAGAUCAGUGAGACAGUGGGACUGCUACUUGACUAUGACCAUCUGCACCAUUGUUGCUAAAUGUUGAGGAAAAAAACAAAAGAGGCCAAAUACUUUCCCAUGUUUGCAACAUGGAGUGAAAAAAAAAAAUCCCACUAAACUACAGAGACUUUUCAGGAGAUAGUUUGCAGCAACUUCAGAGUUGGAAUGUAAAUGUAUGACAGUGUUUCUUUAUCCCAUCCCAGCCUAUCACAACCAUCUGACCACAUCAUGGCCUUAUACACUGGGAAUGUGUGGUCAGACACAGUAGAAAACAGCCAUUCUACCUGGUUGUUUCCUUCACAGGGUGUGGAAGUUACUAACAUGCUGUACAGUUGCAGUUCGUUAUCCCCAGUGAGUUGUGAAUUGAAAUGUUAACGCAAAAAGAACCAAACCCAAACAUCUCUGGAUACUAUCAGACUUGCAUGGAGAUUGUACUGUUUUGAGAGCUCUCAUUCCCAUGCUACUCUGUUCCUUGAGAAAUGGUAAACACAUCCCAUAAGUAAGUUGUCAUACCUGUCUUGAGUCUAUUAUUUUGUGUCCUUUACUGUGCAGAGGAUGCUGUUUGUGGACUGAGUGCAUGGAAUCCUUGUGUGGGCAUUCGGUCCACUGUUUGGUGCUGUGUAGCACUGCACGUUAGCUUGACUACGUAUAACCAAAAGAAGAGGGAACCCUGUGCCCUUUUGCUGUUAACUCUUUGCCUUAUAGUAAGCCCUAAACCUUUGUGCUAUGUUGCAAUGAUAGUGAACCUAAUGCCCAGAGCUGUUAUAUCCACGUUGAAUGAAAUCCUCCUUCUCCUGUGUAUUUUACCUACCUCACAGGGGUGUCGUGAGGCUUGACUAAUCUUAGCAAAGCACUUGAAUAUCCUCUGAUGAAAGGCAUUUAGAAGUACAAAGUAUUAUUUUAUGUGGUUGACCAAACUCAACCUCAAUGCUGGUAUGUAGCAUCAUGUUUUUAAUUUCUGCUCAACACAUGCAGAUUUGCUAUAAUAAAAAAGCAAGCCAAAUAUUCUAUAAUAUAGCCUCUAUCCUGUAAGAAGGCCAAAAUUAUGAUAUCCAAAGAAUGUGCAGAGAACCAAGCCCUCAAAAAUGAAUUUCUUUGAGGAUUUCAGAGAAAAGAAAUGUGCGUAAUGGUCUGUCCCUUUGAAAUUUUGUUCAAGAUUGGUGUUGGUAACUUUUCUUUUUCAACACCACGGAUUAAACCACAUAACUCCAGAAUGCACAUAGAAGCUUCUGGUCUUGCCUCUGAUAAAGGACAGGCUAACAAUAUGUUCCAAAUCAAAAGUUUAUUUCAGCCUGUGUGUACUGCACAGUGCCCAGGAAUUUUUACUUUUGCUCAUUUAAAUUGAAGUUCUUGCACAUUUAGCUAGUGUUGGAUGUAAAUUAAUAUUUUUGUGGCCUUGAACAACUGGUCUACCACAGAUAGCAAGCCCUAGGUCUAUCUAUUAUACAUACUUAUCAAUGUAUUGCUAAUAACUGUUGUAUUCUAGAAAUGCUUAUAUAGCUAAGGUUGACUUGGCCUUGCCAUUAUGAUCCCCUGUUAUUUUAUUUUUUUAUGUUUUGGUUUUUGCUGUUUCAUGCUCAAUCAGGAUUCAAUUUAAAUGGACUAAAUCCAACAAAACUAUAGUUGUUUUCUAUGACAUUCCUCCCCCCCCUCAAUUUAAUUAUAUGCCUUUAGAAACUUUUUCUAAUAAUAAGUUCCACACAACUGUGUGUUAAAGAAUAUUUGAUACCUCAUGGAAAACUCUAAUACAGUCUGCUUAGAAAAAUCUAUUCAUCUUAUUGAUUUUCUUUCUCCUUUACCAGUCCUUUUCUUCCUUUGUCCUUAUCUGAAGAUUGGCCCAUUUUUAUAGUUUGGAUUGUGAUUAGGAAGCCAAAUAUCCCAAACCUUUUAGCAUUUUCAAAUCAAGGGUUUAAUUUUGUCCUUUCUAGUGAGAGGAGAUGCUGCAAAAUAUGGAUCCGUUGUGGAUAUGGACCUCACCCAAACCUAGGGCAUCAUUUUAUAGAGAUUUGAUGAAUCCUGUAUCUAUAAUCAGCCUUUGUAUGACUCAGGAUCCUUUGCAGUUAUUAAUUGUUAUGGCUUACUAAAUCAUAUAGGAAGAAGACAUAUAAACAGACAUGAUUUUAUGCCAGCAUAAUGAUAUCCGAAUUGUAAAAUUGCCUAUUGUAUUGUAAUGACACUUGGCCACUAGAAAUAUCUCAGCCUAUUACUUUGUAGCUGGUAGAAAUUUUCAUGUAUCCACUGCUAAUAGCUGUUAAAAUGAAAGUAGGUACUAAUUGUGACUAGGACAGAACAAUGUGAAAACAUUCUUCUGAAAUGAAAUGUCACUUAUGCUAUAAUUGGGAGUACUCGGACAUUGAUUUUGAUGAAAAAAACUUCAUAUGUCCUUAAGUACAUACAAAUUUGUGACCUUUGGUGAUCUUUUCAGUGAAUGUAGCAAGAAUACUGAUAAUACAUUGGAAACUGAAGAUGAAUUCUGUGUAGCUCUUGGGUUGUUGAAGAUAUUUCACCAAGCUUUACAGCGUCAAAGGAAAUAUCUCCACUGAUGCAGAAGGGUGCUUUCACAGCAAAAAACUAUACAAUUAAGUCCUUAGUAGUAAAGAAUAAUAAUACUCCCUCAUAUAUAUAUACACAUGUGUAUAUAUAUACAUAUAUAUAUAUGUACACAUCUAUAUAUAUUUAAUAAGAAAAAUUCUCUGUAGAGAUAAUUUUCCCAUUAAAUGUCAGUAAGUCUGAUUAUUUGGAUAAAAUUAAGUGAAGACAAUAUUUGCAGAUGAAGCUGCCUUUAUGUAGAUACCUGCAUAAUAAGUUUCUGGUUUUCCACGUGAUUAUAGCUGAUACUGCGGUCAAUGAAAAUAGACUUUGAGUCAAACAUGCAACUUUCUCCUUGAGGAAAAGGUAUGUGGCGUUGCAAGCUGUUUAUGUGUAUAAUCAACUUACCACCAAUUCUGUUAUGAGGACUCAUCAUAUCAGGCUCCCUGUCCUAAGCAGGAUUUAUAGUCACAGUGUCAGUAUGUACAUGAAAGACUGAAAAGACCAUCCUGAUUGUCGAGACUGUUUGCCCAGCGCUGGAUGCAGCAGUCCAAAAACUGCUGGCUGCAUCAUCCACUGCUGUCGCCAGCCCACCCAGGUCAGGAAGGCAGAUGGGAACCACUGAAGUGCAGAGAGGCUCCAUCCAAGUUUCUCUCAGCUAGAUGGAAAGGACAGAAGGUCCCUUUGCUGGUUAUGGAUUGUGAGUAAUCUUCAGACGUUGAUAUCAUUGCCUUGUGCUGACAGGUAACAGAGGUCCAGCUAGUGAGCCUGCAUUGUACAGAAAAGUCUAAAUCCCUGAGCUCUGGUCACCCCAACUGGAAAAUAUUCACAAAAAUAUUUGUAAAGGGCUAGAAUAUUAUAUUGUCCAUACUCCAGGAGUAAUUUUGAACCAUCAAGUAUUUUUUUCAAGUAUGCCUAAUAACACGGCCUUUUCCUUUGUAAUAUUUUUGUUAAUGUUGAAAAUGUGCCAUCAGUUUCUCCGGCCUUUUCCUAACAAAUAGUUUUGAAGGAUGUCACUAAAAAUUAUUUGUGGUAAUAAUAGUAGUAAUAGUAGUUACGGUACUAAUACUACAAAAAUUUCCUAUGUGUGUGCAAACCUGUAUGCACCAUUGACUGUGCAGUUCCCUUCUUGCAUGCAAAACUAUAAAAAAUCAGCCACUUCGUGGAAGCUUCUACCUAUCUUGAAACCAAUUCUUAGUGAAACCACUGUGACUUGAGCAAGUAGUCCAUGCUGACAUGAACAAUUCAGUUUUCCAUGAGAAGGAAGGAGAAAAUUGAGUGCUAUGUAUAGGGAUUUUUCACCAAAAUAAGGCCACAUGCCCUAGCUGGAGCAGAAUUUUAAAAUCAAGUUUAUUUUUCUGUCUUUAUACUGGCAGUGGAUGGUAGCUCAACCUCAGGAUAUCCCCACACAAUAAUGCAGUUGAGGAUGUUAUAAAACACGUGUGGAGCCAGUUUCAUUGAGAUGUGUUAAAGGAGAAACACCCACAGGAACAAGUGCUGUAGGGCAGACCCAAUGUCAUUUCUCAGAAAAAGCACAUUUAGGUUUGACUGAUUUGUACCUAGUGAAUUAAGUGUGACUUUACCAAGCAGCAUUUCUGAAUGCUUUGCUUAUCUUCUGUGCACUGUUUCCUAAGGAUAUCAAAGCAAUGUUGGUAGACAACGCAGAGAUGAACAGCCUUAUAAAAGCAGAGGGGACUGUGCUGCAGCAGGCAGUCAUGAGCCAGGAGGCUUUAGCCAGAGUGCCCCAGCAUUUCCUGGAGAGCAUCACUUGGAUUUGCCUGAUAAGGAUAACCUUGGUACAACGGAUGAGGCCAGGAGCCAACGUGCAGUCUCAGUUCUCUGUGAUAUGUUUCGGUCCACUUAAUAUGUUAAUUUUUGUAAUUUCAAAAUAACCUGUAGCCAGACUGCUAGCACAUGUGUGGCUGCAGAUCCUCGACUGGUGCACAGUGAAGUAGAUCCAUUGAAGUGACUGAUGUGAAUUGCAGCUGAGGAUCUAACCCAUUGCUUUCAAAACAGCCCCCUGAAGUGACAGCUGGGCUGGUGUACAACACGUUUCGCAUAUUUGUAUCUAUGUUUCAGUAGCAUAUAUUGGAUGACGAAUGUUUUUUGUUUUCCUUUUGCUUUUUGUUAGAAUAAUACUUUUUCCAGUCUGAUAAAGCUUUAUGAUAUGCUUGGAGAACUGCAGAAUAGUGUACUGUGAAGAAUGUGGCUACUACCCUCUCUUUUUCCUGCAAAUAGUAGAUUACAGCCGAGAUGGACUUCCUUGGACUUAGACACUCUGUGAAAAAAAGAUAUUCUGACAGUUUCUAAUGGAAACAUCAUUGUAAUUACUGUAUAACUACCCUGUACAAAGACAGCUUUAUUAUAUGUGUAAAUGUAAUUUUGCUAUGUUGUUUUUAUGUUUGAGGGACAAUAGGCUUUGGUGUGGCUGAGACACAUAGCCUUAUAAAAACAGCGAUUGUAGCUCCCUGUCUGAUGUUUUUUUGAAAGGUGUUCAGUUGCUUUAUUUUUGCAGAAGGUAAACAUAAACCAGUUCUCUGGAAACAAAUGACAUGUUCCACUACACGCACAUCAAUGACAUAAAAGGAUCCCACUACUGAAAAUGAAGGCUUAAUAAUAAAUUGUAUUAUUUUCCUAAGAGAUUCUACAUGUAAGAUCUUUUGACACCUUAAGAAGAAAAAAAUUCUGCAUCUAUUAAUGCUGGUUAUUAUGGAGGAGUCCCUCUAUUAAUUCUAUUUCAGCCUUAGAUUAAUUCUGAAUACCAUAAUUAGAAGAACAUAUUCUGUCAUCACUGCUCAAAUCUGUGUUCUUUGGAAUUCAGUUGUUUGUCAAGUACAAGGUGGAGCUGGCUCAAAUUAGAAAUAGUUCACCAAUGGUGUCACAAAAACGAGCGUUUGUAAGAUAAGAAUUCCAUUUUCAUUUAAAGGACCACUUGCUUUGAUUCGGCUUUCAUUGGUUAUUUGUAUUUACACAUCUUACUCAAAAGUUUCAGCAAAGCAGUUGGAACUAGGCAGGGUGUGAGGCUGUGUUGACCAUGACUCAGCCACACGUAGAGGCAGGGGGGCAGUCCUGCUGAUUGCUGUGGGAUUAAUCAAGUACUUCAAAUUGCGUAUCAAAUCAUGCACAUGGCUGAGACAGUCUUUAUGGAAAAUCAUUUAGGCAUGUGUUUCAGGUGCAGAAUAUGGUGAUGUGUUUUUGCUGAAUUUACAAUCAUAUUUUAACUUUCUAUACAGCCAACUGUUCUCGCUUUUUUUAUAGAAAAGCAUACAUUUUGCAUAUGGAGGGGAGAUAGUAACUGAUUCUCAGUAUAUCUAAAAAUGCCAAAUUUAACGAUGUUUUUCAUUUAUUUCCUGAAGCAUCCUAGGAUUUGGGAAUAAAAGCAGAGUUAUUCUUACAAGGUUAGUUAAUGAAUAUAGAACAUUAAUCAGCAAUUUAAACCAUUAGCCAAAUAAAAUAUUUGAAUUUCUGUUACAGUUUACCAGAAAAUUGUUUUGCUAUAUUUUGCUUUUAAAAUGACUCCAUAAAUAUGGGACCAUUAUGUGUUCGACAUAAAAUAUUCUGCUCUAACUAAGGACUGACUAAAUGGGUAUUUAUUUUUUUUUAAAUUAUAAACUUUACCUUCUGUAUGUUAAGCAGAACAAAUUUGAAUUUUGUCUCUGAUAAUAAAAUUUUGUACAGUAAUGUGUAACUCAUCACUGUCUUGAUUUUCUAACGUGGAGCCAUUGCUAAGAUAAAUAAUACCCAGCCUUUUGAUUAUGUUCCCAUUUCAGUUGAGAUUAACGGCUUUUUAAUACUGAAUAGAUAUACUGAUGUUGUACAGUGAAAAACAUGCAAGAAAAUGUAUUUUGACAUGAGGGAUUUUUCAAAAUACAUUAAAAUACUGAGACUAGCAGAAAGCAAGGAUCUGCAGAAGAUACAAAAUUUGGGCAUGGAAGUACUGUUAACACUCCAAGACUAAUAGGACGGAGACUGGAAUAGAGAGCAACAUCUAUCCUUUGUGCUUUUCUAUUUCUGUAAAUUUUGGAUAUGCAAAAAGAGAUCUUUUUGUUGGUAAAAGUUAUUUCAACUGGAAUACACUUCAAAUGGCUUUUUAAUAGAGUCCUUGAAUUCAAGCUAUUAUUUUCCUUUUUUGAAGAACAGUUUUCAGUAACAAUGAGAUGUGAAAUAUGUGCAAUUAUUUGCCCAUUGGAUACAAUCAUGUUCCCACUGAAGUCAAUUGGAGCUUUGACAUUGACAUCACUGGGAGUAAAAGCCAACCUUGUAUUUUUCAAAAUAUACCUUUCAAUGCCAAAAUGUCUUUUUUUCUUUAACAAUAAAGAUAUUUUCUUCUAUACUGCACAUCUUAAUCUACUGAAAAGCUGAAGGGAAUUAUUAAGGUCCUGGUUUUGCAGAGCACAACAAGCAGCUCUGAUGCUUUGUUUACAGGUAAGGAGAACUGGGGGCUAAAUGAGUGUGUUUAUAGUAUACUACCAUUAAAUACUUUCCUGUAUUAUACUGUGGCUACAAUUUUGGCCAUCCUAUACGCAUAUGUCCACAGAGUAAUGAGACGUACCGCUCAUAUCUCCUUUUUUCUGAGUUCAUGUCUGCAGCAGGAGUACAGGAGGCCCAGGGAGGUGGCUUUGGGGGGUCAGCAGAGAGCCUUCAAAUUAUGGGGAGAUACUGGUAUGUAGGAUGAACUGUGAAAAUCUAGGAUAUAUUUGCCCCCAAAAGGGGCCCUGUCCCUCCCUUUUCUACUGUUCAUACCUCUCCAGGAGCAUUUAAAUAGCAGAGAUGGAGAGCACAGCCACCUUGGAAGCACCCCUGGGAGAGGAGGCAGGACACAAGGAGGAAGAAAUGGCACUUCCCUCUGAAAUGCCAGUGGCAGCACAUCUCCUAAUCAAACAUCAAAAAGAACAUGCUUGUUUCUUUCCCAGUGCAGCCACUGCAAUCAACAGCACUUCAGUCGGUGGCUGAGCUGCUUUCAAGCUGAACAUUUUCAUACAAGUCCAAAUGAAGAGCUGUUUAUUUGCUCUCAGCUCGGUUGCUUCAGUAAGAGCUGAACUUUAAAGGCACCCAUUUGCUUUGAAAGCUCAGCAGCUGAGCUGGAGGGAGUAGGAGGGAGAGGAGUUAGAGCCUUUGGUUUGUAUAAUAAAUUGACUUGGGAGUAUUUGCUGUCUUAAUAAUGGAAAAUCAGUUUUUGCUGACUUAUUCCCUGUUUCAUCUCAUUCCUACCCAAAAUUAGAUAAUAAAUUAGCUUCCUUUAAACUUCAUCUUCUGCAGAGAAGCCACCGUGCAGAGUCCUACUGCUAUUAGAGGCAGUCUGACUCCUGCAUACUACGACUGAGCAGGACCAAGUACUCAGGAAAGAGGAGUAGCAAUUGACUGAGCCAGUGAUAAUCCUGGAUUUUCUGAGAAUCAAGCACAUAAACCUUGUGUUAGAGAAACAGUAUUGAUAAUGACAUAUUUGACGGCUGAGACUGUAUUAUGGAUGGGACGGGAACGUGAGCAGAAGGAUGGUUGUCAGAAAAGUGUAAUGUAGGUAAAGCUGCUAUUAUGUGAAAUAAUGAGGAUGUGCUUGGGGAAAUUAAAAGCCUUAUUGUGUUGAAACUUGGUCUUUGAUUUAGCAGCCACAUCUGCUAUGACCAGGAGCUAGUUAAAGUAAACAUAAAUUGCUGAAUGGUUAAAAGGAGGCACCCUACUGGUGAUUGCUGUUUGCAUCUUGGGGCAGAUGUUGAUUUACAGAAGCUUAUGUGCUGGACCUAGCUCGUACUGCCCUGUGUGUCUGUGCCAAUUUGUCCUAAGUCAUCCAAUUAGAAUUUGGACUAAUGGUGCAAGGCUGAAUGUGGGGCUAUGGUGAGAUGUGAUCCUCAUGUACAUUUCCCAUGUGUUACCUACUCCCCUUUCUGUCUCAGUCUUGCUGCUUUUCUUUUCAGGCCACAACAACUGUAGGAACUGCAGGUAGAGCCUGGGUAUAUUUUGUGUGGUUUUGCCUUUGUAUCAUCUUUCCUCUCAGCAGUAAUAAGAGGGUUGCAAUGAAGAACCAAGGCAGAAGGGUCUAAGUGGACUUAACCUUCCAUGGUGCUAACCAUCCUGCCCCUGUCCCACCAACGUGCCUCUCUAUCUGCUGCACUGAUAGAGCCUAACCACAGCACUAGGGCUUAAGACUAGUACAGCACAUGCAUUUUGCAG